CACCUUUCUUUUUUCCUGCUCUUCCUGCCUCUCAGUUCUUCGUCAACUUGGUUCCAAGCGCAUUCAAUUUGAUCGUUGUGUUUUGCCCACGACGCUCCUCCGUCUUAUCCCUGCCCCAUUUCACCCAAUCCAUCGCCUUCCCCUCUUCCCCGGGUUCAGUCCACUCAUUCUGCGGUGUUUAUUUGAUCGGGCAACAACAAGACCUCUACAUUUCAAUAUCUGUGACCGCUAGAGGGAACGUGAUAACUUGCGGCUUUUCAUUCAAUAUCAUAGCUGAAAAACGAUUAAAUCCUCAUUCUCUGGAAGGGCCGAAUAAUGGCCACAACAGAGGGUCCCGCCAGGGCGCAUGAUCGCAAUGGACGUCGGCACCCUUUUUCCAGUUGGAUGAAGCGACUUGCUAGUCUGAAACACUCGACCGAUUCAGGUUCCAACCGUUGGUCUCACAAGCGCCAUGCGAUACCGAAACACAAGAACCGCAGUUCGAAGAACAACCCCUACCCGCUCUCUGGGAAUACCACCGCUGCCAACCCUUAUGGCGACUACGCGAGCGAUGCCACCGCUUCGGAAUUUAGCGCCGAAACUGAUGGGCAGUCUGGCUCUCGAAGCGAACCCUCAAUCGCAUACUCCGGAUACGAGCACCAGCUCCCAGCGACCAGUGCUAAAUCUACCGCGCCGACUAUAUCUACGAACGGCGACACAGCUAUAUCGGACGCAGCAUAUUCGAAGGCAGGUACAAUGGUUACAGCAGGAGGAGGCAUCAGUUCACAUGGUGGAGGCGAAGGAAGCACCUUCUCAUCGCCUGCGCCGUCUGUCCGGUCACUGACCACCACUUUAACCACUGUUCAAUCGGCGGCGCCAUCGGGUCACCUCUACAAUGCACACAAUCACCAUCAAGGUCUCUCUCACACCAACUCCCUCCAGAAUCACGCAACGCAGCAGAUCCAAUUCACUCAUCAGUUUCCUUCCUCGCCAGCCACGGCUGUCCCGCCCCACCUUACCCCUCACAGCCACUCAGUUACGUAUAGCACCGCGACGGCCAACAAUCUCCUUACCGAUAACGCGUCGAUUCUGACACUGGCGUCCUCAUCCAAACGACGGCGCCGUAACUCACUCGAUACCAACGCCUCCGUGCGCGCCUUAGCACCAUCUUCGGUCUUUGGCGGCAGCCGGGAGAGCUUGCCUCUGAGCGUCCUCAGCGGCACAAUUGGCGAGCAGCCGUCCAAUACCCCCUCAUUCAAUGCUCCAGGCGUUCUCAAUCGCCCUAGCUUGGUUGGGCUUGCAAGUGUUGAGCGCGCCAGCGUCUAUUCCGCCUCAGGCGCUACUCCCUUGGCUGGAAAUGCCGAGCGCGGUAAUUUCUACAAAACCGCCACCACGGCCGGCGAUGGUGCGGGCAGCAUCAGUGCAGCCCAGUCACAUAGCCGCCACGAUAGCAAUACAGCCAAUCUCACCGGCGCCGGGAUCAGUAAUGCGUGGCCAGGCCCAUCCCUACAGCAGCAGCAAACAGCCGUAUCGGGGCGCAUCAGCCGUCGCAGUUCAGGAUGGGGUGAGAUCAACGGCGACGAAAGUGACGAAGAAAAGAUCAUAGAAAGAAAACUCGGUGAAAAUGAGCAAAGCCUGGCUGAGCCAGUGAACAGAAAGUCUGGUCAGUAGGCCGAUGGGUUGUGCUAGAAGAUUGGAAAAUCCUUAUGCCUCCAUUAUCUGGCCUUUUUCCAUGAACUACUUUCCGCCACAUGCUCUUUCUAUCGUUUACACACCAGAUGAUCGCAACGAAGUUAUGCAAUGCCAGAUAAGAGAUUUUAUGACAGUGACAUAUUGAUUCCGAAGCUUGUUUCCUUUCUGUUUACAUGCUCUGUAUCCAUUUCCAGCUCUACUUUGCCCGGGUAAUGACUGAUACGCGAAAGGGAAAAGGCCGGGCCCAGUGUAUUCUGUACUUGAGGCGUCUCGGGAGUUAAAAAGUGGCGUCCCCCGGAACAUUCAUCUACUACCGGCUUAUCUAUUAUUUUCAGGUUCCUUAAGCGACGUUCAAGAUCGGGUCAUGGGAGAAAUUCUGAAUUUAUGGGCGGUUAUCUGUUCUUCGUUGGCGGCUGUAAAGAUUGAAUCUAUG